GCUCUCAAUGCACCAUCGCGCGCUGUGACUUCACCUCACUCUGUGCCUUCGUCCCCGUCGCCCCCCGCUACCUGUCGCUAUGGCUGCCGCUACCGCAUGCGCGUCUACUGCCCUGGCCGGCCAGGCCUUGCUUCAGCCCGCCAAUGAGCUCGUCCGCAAGGUGGGCACCAGCCAGGCUCGCGUCACCAUGCGCAAGACCGUCAGCAAGUCUUCUGGCAGCGACAGCAUCUGGUAUGGCGCUGACAGACCCAAGUUUUUGGGCCCUUUCUCCGGUGAGACCCCCUCGUACCUGAACGGUGAGUUCGCUGGAGACUACGGCUGGGACACCGCCGGACUCUCGUCGGACCCCGAGACCUUCGCCCGCAACAGGGAGUUGGAGGUCAUCCACGCCCGCUGGGCCAUGCUCGGAGCUCUGGGGUGCCUGACCCCUGAGCUGCUGGCCAAGAGCGGUGUGAAGUUCGGCGAGGCCGUGUGGUUCAAGGCCGGAGCCCAGAUCUUCAGCGAGGGAGGUUUGGACUACUUAGGCAACCCUAGCCUUGUGCACGCUCAGAGCAUUUUGGCCAUCUGGGCCUGCCAGGUGAUCCUGAUGGGAGCCGUGGAGGGGUACCGUGUUGCCGGAGGACCAUUGGGCGAUGUGACCGACCCCAUCUACCCCGGAGGCUCUUUCGACCCCUUGGGUUUGGCUGACGACCCCGACACCUUCGCUGAGUUGAAGGUGAAGGAAAUCAAGAACGGCCGACUUGCGAUGUUCUCGAUGUUCGGAUUCUUCGUGCAGGCAAUUGUGACUGGCAAGGGCCCCUUGGAGAACUUGAACGACCACUUGGCAGACCCCGUUGCCAACAACGCAUGGGCAUACGCCACCAACUUCGUUCCCGGCAACUAGAUGUACAUAGUUUAGUUUCCCUGGUCACCAAUUGGAGGCUUGUAAGGUAGGCAAGUGUCUGAAUGUUGGCACUGCCAAUCGGAAAGAUACAUUGUAAUUCUAAGGUCAUCAAUACAUCUGCAGUCGCUGCAGUGCGCGUUCGAAUGAA